AUUAUCAGUAGUAUUUUAUCCAAUCAAAUAACUUUUUAUUCUUUUAUUAACAUGCCUGAAAAUACUAAAGAACAAAAUACUUCAACUAAUAAUACCAAACUAUUCUCGCAAUCGCUUUCCAAUGGCAAAAAAAAAGUACUGGAAGAAGUUUCCAAUUCUACAAACGAUUUUCUUCAUGCAAUUAUACCAAGGGAUGGAAAAAGUGCAACGGCAAAUUUAUCUACUUUAAUGAAUAACAUUACAACUCAAAAACCCGGGUCCUCCUCAACACCAACCACAUCGUUUUUGCAAGAAGAAUGGAUAACGGGACAAAUAUACGAAGACAAACAACCUGAAAAGUUUGCUAUAAGCCAAUCGGUUAAUACUAACUUUAACGAUGCUGAAUGGGGGAAUUGGAUCAACUCUUCCGAAUAUUCUGACUUCGAUAAUUUUGGUGAAAUACCUAAACAUAAAUAUCCUUUUCAUCAUCACUUUCACAAGCAGGAUUCUUUUCACAAUAGUUAUCAACAAGGCGAUGGUAUCGAAAUUAUCGAUCUUUUAACCUCUUCAAAUUACACUGACGAAGUAUAUGAUUUUAACAUUAAGGAUGAGGAUCACAUUACUUCCAGCUCUCUUAACAAAUACAAGUCUAAAUUGGAUGACUUUUUGGAAACACCAGAUAUUUUGUCAUAUUUAGCUCAAGUAAGAUACACAGAUGAUGUAUAUGGAAUGCCCGUAUUUUUGAAAAGACUAGUUAAUGAGGCAAAAGAUGAAAUUUUAAAUGAACAGGAAAAGGUAAAUGAAAGUCAUCGUAAGACAGCAAUAGAAAGGUUAGAAAUGGUGAGAAAACAUUUGGUUAAAAAAAAAGAGCAGAGUGCAGACAAUGAGAUGCGCGAAUGGUUAGAUAAUUGGACUGAGAAAGAUAUGGAACGAGUUUGGAUGUAA